AUGCGUCCCUCAAGAAGCCUGCGGCAAGGCCAAAGAAGUCAGGCACGAGGAUCUGGUCAUGCUCGUCGUAGAAGGGGCGCGCCCUCCCAUAAUCAGACAGCGUCACGAAACUACAAGAACGAACGAGAUUACCAAAACCCCGGUACGCUAACGCCGAUAGUUCAGUACAACUUUUACCACCAUCUGCCAAUGGGAGGAACAACUCAGCUCGUGCAGAUACGUUCAAGCACGGGAUACAUGAUGGGCGGUGUGUUUGUAGCGACAGCAAGCACCAUAACUACGACUGUGUCUACCGAGUCGUAUAUGGAAUACGGGCCAUCGAUGGGGCCGUACAAUCUAGCUAGCAAACCACCAGAGCCUCGGCCAUCUCAUGCGGUCAACCAUGAUCUCAACAAUUUCGGCGCACAAUUUUUUGCUGGGGGCACUCCAUCGCUGGGAGCAGGCGAUGGAGCAGGCGACUACACUGGUUUACAGGACAGGCGCAGCCCAUAUCCUCCUAUCAUGGAUGUUGGUAAUGACGGCAGAGCUGGAGUCUUCGACCCAGCUGGCAUGUCAGACUUGGGCAAUAGAGGUGAUACCAACUUCGAUCCAGCGGAUUUACUGCCAUCGGAUCCCUCCAAGGCUUAUUUGGAAUCACUUCCUGAUGAAGCUUGGGUUUGUCCGAUUCCGCUGCGCAUACGGCGUGCUUCUACGUUCCCGUCGUUGGACCAGUAUGAGGAGGAUGUCAUGGAGGAUUUGGCAGAUAAUCUCGAAACUCUGCAAGUGUCGAUUGGUUGA